CACUGUAUGCUUCAAUUUUCAACAGUUGAAUUUUAUUAUAGUUCUAAUAUUACAUCUAUCUAUCAAAUUGUGUCUGGAUAUUUUAAUCUUUACCUGACGAUUUAUUUGGUUAAGAUCAUCUAAUCAACAAAUGGAUACAGUUGGAUACCUGAAAGAACUGUGUUUGACCUCUGAACAGAAUUGGAGGCUAAUAGAUUCAGUCUAUUCCUCUGAUCAAGAAAAAUGUCUAAAAGCAAUUAUGUUCAUGAAAAAUAAUGUGAUUGGUAGUAACAAACAGAAGGAGAACGUUAUCGAAAGAGGAAUUGUACCUCGCUUGUUACAAUUAAUUUUAGAUGAGACUGUAAAGGAACCUCUUUGCUAUGAAUGCAUUGCCAUCAUUUGCAGUCUGUCAAAAGGCACACCUGAACAUUUGCGUGUCAUUAUCAAUGUCGGUACAGUUCCAGUUUUAAUUACUAAAAUAACUGACCCACACAGUUCUUCAAAACUGGUUGAAAUCAGUCUGAGGGCUUUACGAUCAAUUUACACUUCAUCUUUUGCACCUAUCGAUCUGAUUUAUGAUUCCAAAGCAUUUGAGGUCCCAUUCGUCACAUUUCUUCUGGAGUUAGCUUCUUCAACUCACAUCUGGGCCAUUCAAGAAUGUAUUGCGAAUAUUCUGGCCAAUUCUUGUCAGACUACUGAGCACCAAACUGCUUUAUGUGGGUACGGGGCGAUUCAAAUGGUUGCAAAUCUCAUGCUUUCACCGGCUUAUAAAGUAAAAAUACCGGCUCUUGAAUUAUUGGCAGCCAUUUGUCAUCAAAAUGAAGAUGCUUCCGAAGUCGCAGUCACAACCGUUGCAAAUGGCAAGGAUAUCCCUCAAAUACUCACUGAGCUUAUGAACCAAGAAAAUACACCAACUAUGCAGUUUAAUGCGGCUAAAUGCAUGACUUAUAUGCACCGAGCUGGUGCUAUAGUGGGUAAUAUAAAUUCAGAAGAUCACGAAAUCGUUUAUAAAACUCUCCCAACAUUAGUAAGAAUGUGUGAAAAAGACAAGGAGCCAUGUAUUCGAGCCGCUUCAGCACAUAUUCUGGCCUAUCUUACGGAAGUUGAUACUGAGCUACAAAGGACUGCAGCCAUUUGUAAUCACAUUAUUCCAACCUUAGCAGAUUUUUUCAAAUAUCAAUCACCUUGUCAAGUAACCGUUAAUAAAUCAACUAUUCAAAGCAAUGCUGCCUCGCUGCAGGACGAUGCUUCAUCUAUGAGUGACAGCGAAACAAACCUUAAAGAAGAAGAAAUUAAACUAACCAUUGGUCAAGAAAUGAAAGAAGCAGCUCUAAAAGCUUUUGCUUCCCUUGCAGCUAAUGAAGAAGAUACAAGAAAGAAAAUUAUUGAAACUGAUAUGUUGAUGGAACACAUAAUAAAUGGUUUAUCUGAUCCAAACGUUAAAAUUCGACUGGCUGCCUUGCGAUGUCUUCACAGUCUUUCUAGAUCUGUUCAACAAUUGAGAACUACCUUUCAAGAUCAUCAUGUAUGGAUACCUUUGAAAAGUCUUUUAAACAACGCUACUGAUGAUGUUCUUAUAGUCGUUUCUAGUACUUUGUGUAAUCUUCUCCUUGAGUUUUCUCCUAGUAAAGAGCAUUUUUUGGAUCGUAAUGCUGUAGAAAGACUUUGUUCACUGACUCAGAGGGAAGAGAAAGCUUUACGUUUGAAUGGAGUUUGGGCAUUAAUGAACAUGGCAUUUCAAGCAGAUCAAAAUAUUAAAAAUCAAAUUCUUUCUUGUCUUGGAACUAAUCAAAUUUUUAAACUUUUAUCUGACUCUGACUCAACCAUUGUUAUGAAGACUCUUGGCUUGAUUCGCAAUUUAUUAUCUACGAAAUAUCAUAUAGAUCAAAUUAUGUCAACUCACGGAAAACAAUUGAUGCAAGCAGUGAAUAUGGCGCUUGACGAUGAAAACGUUGUUGAAAUCAAGGAACAAGCUCUAUGUAUUUUAGCAAACAUCGCCAGUGGCAACACAUCAAAGGAGUUCAUCAUGUCAAAUGAAGAAGUUCUCAAAAAGCUUCUCAAUUUUAUGAUUAACAGUAACGUCAAAUUACAGAUUGCUGCCGUUUUUUGUAUAUCCAACUUGCUGUGGAAAGAAGAAGAUGGAGCCGCUAAGCGUCAAGCAAAAUUGAAAGAAAUGGGAGUGAAAAGUGCGUUAAAGCAACUGUUGCACACUCAAGAUACUGCAUUGUUCGAUAAAGCGAAAACUGCCCUCGAUCAAUUUUCAAAUUUCCCGUGAAAUUUAAGCUGAUCAACAUAUUCUUCAACACAUUCUCCGUCUAUUAAAAAAGCAAGGAGAAAUCAACUCUAUCUAUUCAUCAAAAACCAUUCUUCCAAAAUUUAUACAAGGAUAUAAAAAUAAGUCAUCAUGCUUGAAAUUUACUGAGUUUAUAGUUAUAAAAAUCUACUCUACAUUUAUCAUUUUUCACUUUUGUGAAUCUGUUUCUCUGUUAACCCAAACUUUGCAGACAAUUCCAUUACUUCGGAAAGCUUAAUUCACUGUGUUCGCCUUUUACACGCUUUUUCGAUGAUUAUCAUUAACUCUUUAAUCUACAACUCUCCACCUUUCUUGACCCUUGAUUAACAUCCUAAGUCUAUGUAUCAAUACCAAUAUAUCAACUUUUCCCUCAUGCCAAGUGGAACACAGUUAAAGGUGGUAAAUAUCCGAGUGAUUUUAUUAUUAAUAAAAAACAUUGCAGACUCA